GCAGGCGUAUGGUUAGAAAGAACGGUACCAAGUCAAAAAGGCCCUCUGUUGUUGCCGAGAACAAAGAAGCAUUUGAGAAAUUUGAUGAUGAAAAUCCUGAAGAUAAUGAUGAAUUUGAUAAGGAUUGUGAUGGCAGAGGUGAUGAAGAAUUUGACACUGAAAUGGAUGGUGGUGCAUUUUCCUCUAAUUAUUCAACUGGGAGCCACAGCAAUUGGUCAUGUAGCUCUGAAGAUAUGAGUUCUGAAUAUAGUAGUUAUGAGUCAUCGGAUGAGUCAAUGGAGAGGGCAGUGCAGAAAUUGGUUAAUUGGCCUAGUAAAGGGAAGCUAAAGAGGGUGAAAUUGUCAAGGAAAAGUUAUUACUCGCAGCCUAAGUCUUCAAGGGGCAUGGUAUCUUCAAGUGGAUACAAAAAAGAGAGAAAGUCGAUCCAUGAGGAUCCUCGAUAUAAUGAGCAAGAAUUAUGUGCUGCCUUAAUGGUGAUUAUCAAGGUUAUGAAAAUGGACGAGGCUAAACCUUUCAAUGUUCCAGCGGAUCCGGCUGCUUUGGGAACAUCUGAUUACGUCAAUGUCAUAGAUACACCAAUGGAUUUUGGAACAAUAUACAGCAAUCUUCAAAAUGGUAUGAAGUAUUUGAAUUCUGAGGAUGUAUAUAAGGAUGUACAACUCAUUUGGAGACAUUGGUGCAAGCAUAAUUACAAGGGUGAUUAUGUUUUGGAACUUAUGACAAGUGUGAAGAAGAAAUUCAUGACGCACUGGAUAGCAGCUAAUUUGUACUGUGAACCAACUCAAAAGACCAAUGGACAUUCACUACCUCCUAUGCGGUAUGACACAAGGCGCAAAAAAUAUGUGGCUAAGUAUCCGGAGGGCCACAUGAUUGGCGAACCCAACCAGUCCCAGCCCCAAUUGAUCAAAAACGAACCAUGUCUCUCACAGAUGCUGAAACAAAUCAUUAGCCAACCACAGGCUGGCAGUGAUAUUGGUAGCAUAGCAAACUCACCACCUCAUGCAGGCUAUACAAAUGAUAGUGCAGGACAAUCUCACUUACCACCUCAUAGGGAUCAUGGCUUAAGGAGAAAAAAUUACAUGCUGAAUCGUCCAGUGGUUCCAAUGAUCAACAAACACAGCCAGCCUAAGCCACAGCAGCCCAUACUAAGUUUCAACCAGUCAUAUCAUUUACAGCAGCCGCAGCAGAUGACUAGCCAAGCCCAGCCCUCCCAUCCUCAGGCUGGCACUGCAGGACAAUCACCUACAAACUCUGUCAUGGGGUGCAGUAAUUAUAAGUCAAGUUGUCCAUCAGGUCCUGUGAUCAACAAUCCUGGUCCACAGCAGCAGAUUCAGGAGGUCCCAGAAUGCCACAACAACCAACCAUGCAAGUCAGUGUGCAAGCCUAGGAAAAAAAGGUGUCGAGGCCCUUCAAGAUGCCGCUUCUUGUGGGACUUGUUUGAUGGUGAGCGAAUAGAUGUUUCUAUCAACAGAUUUGGGCAGCCCAUUGGCCGUGAGGCUGCCAAGCUCAGCAGUUUCAUGGGUACCAUAGCACGGAAUGGCUACAUUGCACCCCUUACUUAUGUCAGCUGGAGGGCUGUACCGGAUGCAGCCAAAGAGAUUAUGUGGCAGAUCGUCCAGUCAAGGUUCAACAUUGAUCCGAAGGGGAAAAGUUGGGUCAUGAAGUCUCUUGCAACAAAAUGGAGGUGCUUUAAGUCCAAAGUAAAGGCUAAACAUGAGCAACUAAGGCACCGUGAUAGGAGGGUCCUUCCGCAUCAAUGGCCGAUCCUCAUAUCCCACUGGAACUCUGAAAGGGAAAAGGUGCGAACUGCUAUAAAUAAGGCUUGCCGCGCAAAGAUGAAGGAAAUGCAUACUUUAGGGAGUAAGAGCUAUGCGAGGUUACGUGAGGAGGAGAGGAAGAAGAGGCCAAAUGGGGAGGAGCCAACUAGGGAUGAGGUUUAUAUAUUAACCCACACACAUAAAGAUGGGAAACCUGUUAAUGAGGAAGCAGCAGCCAAAAUUUCAAAGCUCCGUGAACUAGCAUCUCAGCAACCAAAGACCUCAAAUGACCGUGAUGAUAUCUUCUUUAAAGUCAUGGGACAAGAAAAACCUGGAUACGUGCGCACAUAUGGCUUGGUAGCAAAACCCUCUGAUGUAUUGGGCUCAACAUCUAGCAUUACAGAGGCCAAGAUGAUAGCUACUGCAGAGAUGAGUAAGAUGGUGGAGAAAAUGGAGGCCAUGGAGCAAAGAUACACUUGCAUGGAAGCACAGAUAACUAAGAUGACAUCAUACAUGGAAAGAUUCCUCAAGAAGCAAGAUGAACAGAAUGGCAGUGAUGGUUGAAACAAAUGGAGCCAUUUAGCAAGAACUGUCUUAUUGAAUCGAUUGGAACUUACUGGAUUUUGUUGAUAAUAAUGCUUGAGUUGUAAACAAGUUUCAUUAAUAUGGUUUUCUUU